AAUGAUGAUGAUGAUGAAGGAAUACCUUUAGUUAAUCAUGUUAUAUUUACAUCAAAUUUAGGUAACAGAGUGGUUUUAGAUGAUGAUCAAGACGAUAUCCUUUAUAUACAACCAAAUUAUAAACCCAAAAAGAAGUCAUGUUCAAAAGGUUGUUGUGGAGCAACCCCAAAAGUAGAUCAAGCCAAAGAACUAAAACCACAACAGAUCAUUAAUGAUGAAGAUGAAGGGAUAAUAAAAAUGGAUGUCAAUAACAGCUUUGGUUCAAAAGUUACAUUAGAUUUAGACCAAGAGGAUAUCGUUUUUAUUCAAGCAGAGCCAACCACCAAAGAAUACUCUGGUUUAAUUUCAACACCAAUUUCUACUCUCGAAACUCCAUCUCAAACAAUAAAAACCACUGAAAGUAAAUGCAAAAAAGGCUGUUGUGGUCCAAAACUAGAUUCCAGUAUAACAUCAACUCCGAUUGCAACUCUUGAAACCCCAUCUCAAAUAAUGGAAACCAAAGUCCCUGAAAACAAAUGUAAAAAAGGUUGUUGUGGUCCAAAGGAAAAACCUGAGUUAACUCCGAUCUCAACAUCUGAAACUCCCAAUGUUGACUGUAAGAAAGGUUGUUGCCCACCAAAAGAAACUCCAAUCAAAAAGACAUAUUGUUGCGAAAUUUGCAUUGAUGGUCAUUGCUGCAAGUCAAACUGUUGUGAACAACUAUGCUGUUUAACUUACAGCUUAAAAGUACCAAGUUUUUUAACAAGCCAAGCUAGUUUAGAAGAAAAACCAAAAAGAUUUUUUGCAACUAUUUUCUCCAAAACCUGUGGUUCGUUUGGUUUUAAAGUCGGUUAUAGCGAAUUAGAUGAAGCCGAAACAAAUAAUGGCAAUAACAGUACCCUUUCAAUCGAGUUGUUAGAAUCUGAUAAACAAGAAUUAUUUCUAGUUAUUGGUGGUAUGACAUGUGCUGACUGUGUAACAACAUUGGAAGAUACUAUUAAAUCGCUACCGGGUGUCAUUGAUAUUAGUACAAGCUUAUUCACAGGCAAAUGUAAAAUUACUUACUCUCCAACCUAUAUUCAACCAAUGGAUAUUCAAAAGAGUAUUGUUACCAUUGGUUUCCAGGCCAGUCAAGAUGCUGGUCCAGAUUUGAACCAAAUUAACAUUGGCUUUGAUUCAUCCACAAACAAAGAUUCCCUUUUAAACUUAAUCGAAGAACUUUCAAAGCAAGACAAAAUAAUCAACGAAAUCCAAUUAAAAGAGACUAACAAUAACCAAGAAUACUUGUCAAUUAGCUAUAAUAUCGAUGAAAUAGGUCCACGUAAACUAUUUAAUGACAUUUCAAAACAACUAAAAGAAAAGUGUGGUGCAUUUCUUGUAAAUUUAAUUAGUGAUCCAAGUGUACUCUCUUCUGACUCCUCAAACAACACUGGUUCAACAUUAAAAGAACUUUUAAUUUUAUCAAUUCUCUUUUUUGUUCCAACUAUUUUUGUUGCAUUUAUUGCAUCAUCCAUCAGUGCUUUAGACAAGAUUUUCGCCUUUGAAUUUGAAGAUUCAUUUACAGUUUCAACUUUACUAUUAUGGAUUUUUGCAACUCCAGUUCAAUUUUAUGUCGGUAAACCACUAUACAUCUCAGCUUGGAAAACUUUAAUCUAUGCAAAAAAAUGUAGUAUGGACCUACUGGUUAUGACAAGUAGCAGUAUAGCCUAUGUUUACUCAAUGAUUAACGUUUUCAUCAAUUUAUCCACACCUGAGUAUGAAGGGCCAAUAUUCUUUGAAGUUAGUACCAUUCUCUUAACCCUUAUCAUCUUGGGUCGAUAUUUAGAAUACCUUGCAAAAUGCAGAGCUUCAGAAUCUCUCUUUGAAAAGAUAUCCCAACUAGACUCACCAAAUGCAAUUCUUUUAGAUAUAAACGAAGAUGAACAGAUAAUCGACAAGCAACUAAUUGAAAAAGGUGAUAUAUUAAAGGUAUUACCUUUUAGUAAAAUUCCAACAGAUGGCAUUAUAGUUAAAGGUAAUGGAUAUAUAGACGAAUCAAUUAUAACUGGUGAAUCUGCACCUGUAUUUAAAGGUGAAAAUCAAAAUGUUUUUGGGGGCUCAAUGAACCAAAAAAAUUCAAUUCAUAUCAAAGCAUCAAAGAACUCUAAUGACACCACUUUAGCCAAUAUUGUUAAACUCAUCCAAGAAGGUCAAGCCACCAAACCACCAUUCCAAAAUAUUGCUGAUAAAGUUGCCUCUUAUUUUGUUCCAUCAAUUUUUGCAUUUGGAAUCAUAAUGUUUGUAGUUUGGUUCUGUUUAGCCCACUAUGAUAUAGUUGAUACUGAUGGUCAAAACGCUUUUACUUUUGCAAUCAAAAUUGCAAUGGCCGUAUUGGUUAUAUCUUGUCCAUGUGCUAUUAGUUUAGCCACCCCAACAUCUAUUAUGGUGGGCAGUGGCGUAGCAGCUAAACACGGUAUUCUUUUUAAAGGUGGGGAUGUCAUUGAAUCAACCCAUAAAAUCAAAACUAUUGUCUUCGAUAAGACUGGAACUCUCACGACUGGAAAUAUUGAAAUUAGUCAUUUCAUUGUAUAUGAUCAAUCAUUAACACCAAAAGAUCUCUUUUUCUAUUGUGGUUCCACUGAAUUGGCAAGCGAACACCACAUUGGCAAGGCUAUUAAAAAAUAUGCAGUAAAUCAAUUAAUCUGUAAUCUUGUGGAACCUGAAUCAAGUGAAAUCUAUCCAGGUAAAGGUAUUUCAGCAAUAAUUGAAGGUGAAUCAAUUUUAGUUGGAAAUAAAGCUUUUAUGUCCGAAAAUAAUAUUGAAAUUACCGACCAAGCUAUUUUAGAUUUUAACAAAUAUGAAUCACAAAGCAAAACUGUUGUAUUGGUUUCAAAGAACGAUAAACUCAUCGGAUUAGUCUCAUUACAGGAUACAAUUAAACCAGAAGCUUCACAUGUAAUCACAAAACUUUUAAAAAAUGGUAUUGAUUGUUGGAUCGUUAGUGGAGAUAACCAAAAAUCUGUAGAGUCAAUUGCAAAAACAGUCGGCAUCGAAUUAUCAAAAACCAUUCACUCAGCAUCACCAAUGGAUAAAUAUAAUUUUAUAAAGAAACUACAGCAAGACCCACUCAAUAACGAUCAAGAAUCUGGAAUAAAUCAAAAGAAGGAUGAAAAUAUUGUAGCAAUGAUUGGCGAUGGUGUAAACGAUUCUUUGGCUUUAACCCAAGCAGAUGUCGGAAUUUCAAUUUCAAGUGGUACAGAUAUUGCUAUCGAAUCAGCUCAAGUCAUUUUAAUGAAAAAUGAUUUAGUUGAUAUUUUGGUUGCUAUAGAUUUAUCAAAAGUUAUCUUUAAAACCAUUAAAAGAAAUCUAAUGUAUGCAUUUUUGUAUAAUUUGAUUGGUAUCCCAUUAUCAGCUGGUUUGCUUUAUCCAUUCUUCAGAUUCACUAUCCCUCCAUCAAUUUCCGGUGUUUCAGAGCUAUUAUCAUCAUUACCAGUUGUAUUAUUUAGUUUAACCAUCAAUACCUUCAAGUAUGAUGAUGGUAAU